AUGUGUAAAAUAAGAAUUGGGGUAGUUUUCAGAGAUGAUAUGGGUAAUUUUUUGGCAACCUUGAGGAAAAAUCUUAGUUCUUUACCUGAUUCGAACCUUGCUGAGGCUUUAGCAGCAGGAAUUGCAGCAAAGUUUGGAGUUGAUUUAGGCAUGAGGAGUAUCAUUAUUGAAAGAGACUCCAUAAAGGUAGUCACUGAACUUAACCUCAAGAAGCAUAAUCGGAGUUACUUUGGGAUGAUCAUUGGCAAUGUUCAAGAUACAAUGGCAAAGAUGCAAGCAUGUAGAGUUAAACAUGUGCAUAGGGAAGGCAAUUAUGUUGCCCAUAAUCUAGCUAAGGUUGCUUUAUAUGUAUCUAAUUAUAUUGUUAACAUGGAGGAAACUCCAUUGUUUCAUCACAUCUUGUAA